GGGCAGCUGGUUAAAGAGGGAUGGUUGCCAUCUCCGGGGCAUGGCGCAUGUGCCCACAAAGAGGGCUCUGAGUGCCGCCUCUAGCACAUGUGCCAUAGGUUUGCCACCACUGGCCUAGGUCCUAGGACUAAGGCAAUCCACAUUCAAGUCCAUUCUUAGUUAAUUAAAGGUAACUAGUAACUUUGGAGCCAAUCACUAUCUCUUAGCCCACCCUGCUUCACAAGAUGCUGUUGUUAGGGGUCAGAAUUAAGACAGAUCACCAAUAAAAAAUGCCUUGACCUUAGGAGGAAGGGCAGCAAGUCUAAGAAACAAAUAAGCAAUAGUGAUCUACAUUCCUUCUAUCCUGUGUAUGGACUUCCUAUACAGCAGCUGUUGGCUUCUGUGCAUGGAAUGGAGAAGGCCAUUGUCCUUUCAAUUGCCUCAGUCAGUAAAAUGUUUGGGACAGCCAGUUUCAAAACUAAAACUGUAGCCAAAAGUAAUGGCAGAUGAAGUGGAGGAAAAUUCCUUUCCUCUCCAACAGACCUGCUGGACAUCAGUUUGGAGAAGAUAAAGUAAAUACAGCAUUGUUCCAAAAUGGAAAAAACCCCCAAAAUCACAGUUCGACAAUCGUUGAUUGGCAGGAAGAAACAACCAACACAGGGCACAAGUUUUAGAGCUCUCCAGAACUCCUGGACUGCUUUUUCUAUCGUCUAAUAAUUCCAUGAAUUGAUCUGGAAGAUGACAAAGCUGUUAUUUUUGGCGCUUUAGCCUUAAGAAAAUAGUGGAAGGUGGAGAAGGCUGAUUCGGGGCAGUACUGAAAAUUAGUCGCCUCUCCGACCAGCCCCGCAAACACACCACCAACAACUCGCCGCUCCACUGCCUGGAAAAGACUGCAACAAGAUUUCCUAAGAGUCACCCGCAGGUUAGGAAGAAGCAGCGGCAACUUUGAACGCCCUCUCGAAUCUCCUCUCCUUCUCCCCCGUUCUCGCUAUCUUCUUACGGAGCUGCCGCUGCGCUGCCCAGACAGGCAAGAGAAGCGGCAGCGUGUCGCAGCUCGUCUAGUUUCGGCAACGAGGGGCUGCAAAAAGCUGAUGAAUGAUUAACCCACGCUGCCUAGACAGGAGGACUUGAUCCACGGGAGCAGCGAGGAAUCCGAGAAGAUGCCCCAAGGGCCCCCGGAGGCCAAUCCACGUCCCUUCCCGAGAACUCCAACCUUUAAACGCCGCCCCACCUACAAGACCUUCGGUGAGAAGCAGGCAGCAGGCAGCCCCUCUCCGCGCCCGACCCGAAAGGCUUCCCUCGGAACUCCCUAACCCGCCGCUCAGACUUGGAGAGGAGGGGGACACCGCUCGAAAGAGCUCUCCGGGAACUCGGCGGGGUCGCCAACCCCUCUCUGAGCUGGACGUCCCGCGGUUCUGCCCCUUCGGUCACCAAGCGAGUCCCGCUCCGGAGAUAGCGAGGUGGCUGCUCCGGCCUCCCAUUGGCUGCUGGGCGCCUGACGCGCGGGCCGCGGGGCGGUGUCCGGGACGCCGGAGCCCGCCGGAGGAGCGCUCACAAACAUGCUGCAGCCUCGAAGCAAGUCGGUCGCCGUUCCGACGGCGCUGGCGUGGAGACGGAUCCGCUUCGCCUUCAUGCCUCCAGCCUGGAUGCCCUAAGCUGACCCUUGCUUCGUUGCACAGCCAUGGGAGAGAGAUGGCUCUUAGAGGAUCACCUUCGCAACCGAUCGAACUUGACGGCUCAGGCUGGCCUGAGACCCCUCAACGCCUCAACGGAUUUCGAUCUACCUGGCAGCUGGAAAACGGAGUUGUCCCAGCAGUGGCUGGUGGGCAUGAGCCUCCUGAUGUCUUUGAUGGUGACCUUCAUUGUUGUGGGCAAUGGUCUGGUGAUUGCGGCCAUUGGGAGGACGCAACGGCUGCAAACCCUCACCAACGUCUUCAUCACCUCCCUGGCUUGCGCUGACUUGGUGAUGGGCUCUGUGGUGGUAUUCUUUGGUGCCACCCUAGUAGUACGAGGCUCUUGGCUCUGGGGCUCCUUCCUAUGUGAAUGCUGGAUUUCAGUGGAUGUCUUGUGCGUGACAGCAAGCAUAGAGACAUUGUGCGUCAUUGCAAUUGACCGUUAUUUGGCCAUUACUUCGCCCUUCCGCUACCAAAGCCUCAUGACAAAGAGACGUGCCAAGAUCAUUGUCUGUGUUGUCUGGGCCAUUUCUGCCUUGGUGUCCUUCUUGCCCAUCAUGAUGCAUUGGUGGAGAGACAAAGGCCCUGAGGCUCAGCAUUGCUACAAUGACCCCAGCUGCUGUGACUUUGUCACCAACAGGGCAUAUGCUAUUGCAUCCUCUGUCAUCUCUUUCUACAUCCCUCUUUUUGUUAUGAUUUUUGUCUACAUUAGAGUCUACAGAGAAGCCAAGGAGCAGAUGAAGAAGAUUGAUAGGUGUGAGGGCAGGUUCUACAAUAAUCAUCAUCAGCACCAGCAUCCAGUCCACCAGCACCUGCCUAUCUUGGGUAAUGGCCAAACUAAUAGACGAAAAACAUCCCGGAUUCUAGCUAUAAGGGAACAAAAAGCUCUUAAGACUUUGGGCAUCAUCAUGGGGGUUUUUACUCUCUGUUGGCUACCAUUUUUCUUGGUUAAUAUAGUCAACGUCUUUAAUAGAGGUCUUGUACCAGACCAGCUCUUUGUAUUCUUCAACUGGUUGGGUUAUGCCAACUCUGCCUUCAAUCCCAUCAUUUACUGCAGGAGUCCUGAUUUUCGUAAGGCCUUCAAAAGGAUGUUGUGCUGUCCUAGAAAAGCAGACCGGAGGUUGCAUGCCAGCACUGGAGAACUCUCUCAUUACCCUGGAGGUUUCAUCAGUACCCUGGGAAAUACGGCUCCAUGCACUCUUGGAGGGACAUGGUCUGAUUACAAUGGUGGUAUGCAGGAUGGAAGUGACUCCAGCUUGGAGGAAGGGAACAGUAAAAUCUCCUAUUCAGAGUCCAAGGUAUAAAGGGCAUGUGUCUGAUCAUCCGAUGCAUGUUCAGUCGGAAGCGAGUUUGAUGAAACUUGUUCCCAUAUACAGUAAGUGCUCAUUAGCUUGUAGCCUGGAAAACCUACAUGCUCCUUAAUAUCCAAGAAGGAAGAUCCAUCAGAAAUACUGCAAAUGGAGAGUAUUUUGUUUUGAUCCAAUUUCUCUCGGGUUUAGUCCUUUCGCCCAGUGAUGUCAGGGGUGAGGGGAUAUCGCGUUUUUUAUCAUAUGAGACAUCAGCAGUAAGGCUAUAAAACAUCUACCUCAAGCUGUGCAUAUUGUACAGGGAAAAUGUGUUUAUAUUAAACAGCUUAUUGAUGUAUUGCUAGUUAAGGGUUUUUAAAAAAUAAAUAAAUAAAGAGUCAGGAGUAUCUCAAUAGACAAAUUGUUCACAUUGAAAAAUGAAAGAUAAAAAUUGGCUUACAAGCACCAGAAAUAUGACUGCACAUUUGAAAAGACUCAGAGGUUGUUUUUUUUCUUUUGCACAGUAUUAACAAAGUUCUCUCUGUAAGUCUUUCUCUCUCACACGCACACACAAACACACACAUUCGUAUAGACGAACCCACUGGAAAACAAAGUAGAUUCCAACUUGAUUUCUAUUGCUGGCUGAUUUUUUUUAAUAACAAUUUUAUGUGGUUUAUCAAAGGUACUGUAAGUAUAUUCAUACCCAAGAAUUUCUAUUAGUAACUUCUCUGACUCCCAGAAAAUCAUGUGAACCUUUUGUGAAUUUAGUGCUUCAUUGUCUUUCUCCAUUUUUUACUUCUGUGCAUUUGUGUGUGUGUAUGCAAGGGACUGUAUGCACAUGCAUUUUAUAUUGUAUUUAUAUUCUGUGGGUGCCGUUUACUACUGUAUGUCAUUGGUCUACGUGCAAUAAAAAACACCGCAGUACAAACAAGUGUAUUUACAAUGUGUCUUUAAAAGUGCAGGAAUCAUAUCCAUUUUUGAUUAAAAACAAUGACUGUUUUUCUGGAAUUAUAGAUCACGUUACCAAUACAGUUCAAUUUAAUGGCUUUUCCUGACAUAAUUGUCUUUUUAAAAAAAUAUGCUUGCUGUACCAAAUAAGGCAGCAUUCCUGUUAGACUGAACACUGUUGACUUCUUCUGAAAUUCCAGGGUGAAAAGCAAAUCAUUUCCAGCUUGCCUAUAAAUAUAUUAGCUACUUUUUAUCAGGUUCCUUUUAUCAAUUUAAUUUAGCCUGAUAAUAAAAAAAACUGAAUGAGAUGGCUGGAGAUGGUGCAUAAACAAUGUGGGUUUCAUUCGAGAACUAUUAGGAAGAAGAGAUUAACUGUGCUUUGAGACGCACAGGUCAUACAUUGUUUGCGUACAAUAAAUCAUACAGAUGUCUGGAUAUACCUGAGCUACAUGAUAAUCCAUAAUAAGAUUUUAAAUCAGUCCAGAAUAAGGGCUUUUCUAACUGCUUUACUGCACUGCCCCUUUUGAAAAGUUGAAGUACCACAGAACAGAAAUCAUCAUUAAAAUAGGAAGCAAAUCAGUUGAGAAAGACAAUCAAACCCUAAUUAUUAUGAAGUUCCUUAAUUUAUUGCCACUUGUUUAUCUAUUUUUAAGUAGGAGCUGGUGAUAAUUAGAGAGUGUUAUUUAACCUUAGAAACUGUCUCCUCAAAGAUGCAUCCAUUGCCAUCAAAAUUUCAAAUUCACUAGAGAGUGAAUGCCAGUUUUAUUAGCAAUAUCCUCACUGUAUUUAAGGAACAUUUUGAAUAGAUUAGUUUGAUUAUCUCUCCAUUUCAGAUACCUAUUCACUGAUCCUAUUCCUGACAGGACUUCUCCAGUGUCAUUAACAGUAAAACAGCAGAAACUCAAAUGAAAUUUUAUACUACUGUAGAACAUUGUCACCUAAAUGGUCUUAUGGCUGUUAACCUUCAAGAGAAAAUACUUCCAGAGAUAAGAAAUAGGAGCUGGCUUAUCAUCAGCUGAUUGCUGCCUUGAAUUCAUGAUCUAGAGUAAUCUGUUGAGAUCUAGACAAUGUUGAAUACGUUUCACUAAAAUUAUACAGUAUACCAAUCAGGGUAAAAUAAUUGCUCGUGCUUUUUAACUAUGAUUGGGUUACACUUUGAAAGACAGGUAAAAUAAAUGUUGGAUCAAUAAUGCAGUUUGUUUUAAAAAGCAGAAUGGUGCCUACUGCAUUCAUUUAAAUUAGCUUUCCCCAGACCUCUACACUCUAGUAAGCAUUGGGAUAAGAAUUCCCAGAAUUCCCAAUCAGCAGAGCCAAUCAGAAUUCUGCCUGAAAAUUCUAGAAUUUGUCAUGAAAGCAUACUUGAAAAUCAUUUGUGUGGAGAAGGCUGACUUAAAAGAUCUCCACACAGUGCUUAUAGAUGAUAUUGUAGACACCGCUGUGAGUUGACAAUAUUAUUAGAGAUGUCAUUGGUGCUGUCCACUUCUUAUAAUCGAUGGCCCUUGGUUGCAUUUUGAUCUUGAUUUUUCUCUGGAUAGCCUUAAGUAUUAAGUAUUCCAUUAUAUUAGGAACACAAUGUGCUAUGUAUUAAGUUAUGUUAGCUCUGAGUUUUGUACCAUGGCCUUGGCAUGGGUUAUAUGUUGCUUUCAGUUUCAUUCAAUACUGAAAUUAAAAUAUAGGGGGGGGGAAGGAAAUUGAUAGAAUGAAAUGAUUUUGAUUGAUAAUAAUGGACCGUGAAAGAAAGAAGAUUAUUGUCAAGAAGAUUAUUGUCAACAUGUUCAAAAAUGCCUUUUUCUCUGACUGAAGGAUGAUAUGUCAGCUCCAUGUACUAUAUCAGGUUGUGAAGGAAACAGUCUAUAGGAUAUGAUGUUCAUUACUUGCCUUGGAGUAUUUUAAAUGAACUAAAUAAUCUGACCUUUAAUCAGCAGUGGCUGAGUACCACAAUACCGUGAAUAAAGCUUAAUGCGUAUAAAAGCUUGGCCCUGGAAUAUGUGUUCAUUGCCAAGCUGGAGUCACUUGUGUGGACUACAAAGUUUAGGACACUCUGAUAUUCACACAACACUUAAAGGCAAAUACACAGAGUUGGUCCAGAGAAAUAGGGUUUGGUAACUAUGGAGACUGCACUGGCAAAAUGCCAAUGCAGCAUGGUUUUUUGCUGAUAAAUAGAACGUGAUUAAUGAUAAUAAAAGCUUUUCCAGUUAUUUCAUGUACUUUGAUAAGAAGUAAUACAAAUCUGCAUAUAUUUGAUAUAUCUAUUGAAACUUACAUCCCCAAAUUUACUAUAGAUGACAUGGCCCAAAAUAAAGUCUUUGCACACUGAACUAAAGUAUUCAGUUCAAUCUUUGAGGGUCAAAUAAUUAAUGUUUAUAAAAUUGUUGUGAGGGGUAAAACUCCAAGAAAACAAAAUUGUUCAUUUUUUAUUGCUGGGUGGACAUGUAAGUUAUGCUGAAGCUUGAGUUUGGAGCUGUUGAUGCCAAUAGUUCCACAAGGUAUGGUUUGAAGACCAAUUUUUCUACCCAUUGGAGCUUUCAUCUUAAAUUGCUACAGCCUUUUCGAAUUGAGAACAGCAUUUUGGGAUGGCCACCAUAUAUAGGAAGCUAAAAGGCCACUGUGCAUGAGUGUAAGAAUAUCUCAUCUCCCUACAUUUAGACGGAUGGUUGUAAUGUCAUUUCCAUUGCAGAAAGCUCUGAAAAGAAUAUAAUAUAGGUAAGGAAAUAUUGUCUUCAGAUAAUAUUUCUGUACUUCUGCAUAUCUGUAUCUGAAGUACAUAAAAAUAAAAAUUCAUUUAUAAUCAGAUACUGUUCGUACCAUAAAUAAAGUUUUUUCUACAGUUAUGUGGGUUCUCUGCUUGUUUACAUGUGAUGCUUCUUUGCUCUAUAUUAACACUGCUUUUAACAGCAAAUUCAGCUGUCCAGGAAGGGAGUAUGACACAAAUCUCCAACAUAAUCACGGAACACACAUGAAGAAAUGCAUUUUGUUGGAAGUCGUAUCAGAAGUUUAUUGCUUUCUGAAUAGAAACAGGGGAAGUUGCUUAUCCCGGGGGUGUAUCUACUGA